AUGAAUGGUUCAUUGCUAUUUACAUUCAUCGCUUUUAUUAUUACUAUCAUCGUAACAAUUACUAAUGGAAAAGAGCAUUCUUACUUACAUCAUUAUCGAUAUAAACGUCAAUUCGAUACGUCAAAUACACCACAAAUUGAUUUGAAUAUUACUGUACCAUAUGUGUUCAGUGCAAGAUUAUAUCCAUUUGGUGAAAGUAAAGGUGAUCAAAUUCUUGUUGGAUCAUCACAAAUUAUUAAAUUAAAUCGAUCAUUUAAAUUUCUUGGCAAAGAAUACGAUGCUGUUAAUAUUCGACGUGAUGGCGCAAUUGGUUUAUCAGCGGUACCAAUGAAACCAUCGAAGAUACCAUCACCGCAACCUGUUAUAGCAAUUUAUUGGAUGGCAGCACAAGGUGGAAAAGUACAUUACAGAGAAUCCAAUGAUUCAUCAUUGUUACAUUUGGUGGAAAAUGAAGUAAACAUUCAGUAUCGUUAUGGUUCAUCAUUUAAACCAACUGCGGUACUUAUUGUUACCUGGGAAAAUACACAUGAAAUUACAGAACCUAAUUUAGAAGGUAAUUCAUUUCAAGUGGCAUUGAUUAUGAGUGAUAGUGGAACAUUUGCGCAUAUUGUUUAUAGUAAACUGAACAGUAAUAAGAAUGCUGUGGCAGGUUUCAGUGGUUUAGAUGGACAUUAUUCUUUACCUGGUUCAGGUACGCAGGAUGCUAUACAAUUAGCUGAAAAAAGCGAUAUUGGUAUACCGGGAGAAUUCUUAUUCCGGAUUGAUUCUGAUCAAGUAUUUCUUUGUGGAGCCGGAUAUAAGGGAGAAGAAUGCGCUGAAACUUGUGCAAAAGCGGAAUGGGGCUUAGAUUGCACUAGACAAUGUCAUUGUGAUGGUGGCGCACAAUGUAAUGCUGAAACAGGUGCAUGUCCCGGUGGCAAAUGUAAUCCCGGUUGGACCGGAGCACCAAUUUGUGAGGAUGAUGUAGAUGAAUGUGCAGAAGAGGAUGACCUUUGCCCUCGUGAGCAACCAGAUUGUGUAAAUACUGCUGGGGCAUACUUAUGUAUUUGUUAUGAAUAUGAUAACAUUACUAACACAUGCAAAGGUAUGUCAUCUUUCAAAAGCGAAAAAAGUGAACCAAUAGCAGUAAAUGUUGUAUCAGUGCAACCUGUAUUAGCAACUACAACAUUUGCGCUCAAUUCUAGGACAACAAGACAUCCUAGCACGACGACAACUCAAUUGUCAACACAAACCACUCUAUUCAACGAUUCUAAAAUUAUCCAAUUUACGCCUCCUCCCACCAAGAAGACAGCCUUGGGAAUUGCAUCAUCAAAUUGUCAUUGUGAUGAAAAUGCGGAAUGUACCGGAGGAGUGUGUAAGUGUAAAUCCGGUUGGACCGGUGACGGAAAAUCAUGCGUAGAUAUUAAUGAAUGUUUCGGUGAAUCAAACAUUUGUGGUGCGCAUGCGAUAUGUGAAAAUAGCCUAGGCUCAUAUAGUUGUCAGUGUAAUAUUGGAUAUAUAUUUGAUCGUAAUGGAAAAUGUAUUGAUUUGGAUGAAUGUGCGGAAGGAAUAGUGGUAUGCGGCGGUAGUAAGAAUAGCUCCAUUUGCGUAAAUAUUGAUGGCGGUUAUGAAUGCCGUUGCGCACCUGGUUAUGCCGGUAGUCCUGACAGUCCGCACGGAUGUGUGGAUGUGAAUGAAUGUCAAUUAUCAGACUUUUAUUGUGGUGAGAAAGGAGUUUGUAAGAAUUUGGUGGGUAGUUAUGAAUGUGAAUGUGCGGAUGGUUUUCAACGUGAUCAGUACACGGGACAAUGCGUUGACAUUGAUGAGUGCAAAUAUGAUCCAUGUGACAAGGCAGCAGUAUGUACUAACUUACAUGGAUCUUUCCAGUGUACUUGUAUAGAUGGAUUUGUUGGUAAUGGAGUAGAGUGUCACGAAACGAUUCUUUUCCCAGUUGAUAAACCAACACUUGAAGUACCUGCACGAAUAAAUGCUGUUGCUGAUUACCUGAUGGUUGAACCUCUUCGACUUUUUGGUCGUACUUAUCGUACUCUUUAUAUUUCAUCAAAUGGUGGAAUAAGUUUUGGUGAGCCAUUGCCAUUAAAACUUGAUGGUAAUGUUCGUUUUCCAGCAUUUUUACCACUUUAUCAACAUUAUACCUUCCAGGAUAGCUCAAAAGUUGUUUUGAAAGUCAUUGAUGACACUGAUCCAAAUGAUUAUACUCUGUUAGCUCGUUUAUCCUUAAGUGUACACAAUAAAUUUCAUCAAAAAGAUUUUCGCGCACGAUCAUUGUUGAUCAUUUCAUAUGAUCAUAUGUUACAAAUCGAUACUGAUCAGGAAAAUUCAUUUCAAGUAGUAAUAGCACGAGGUGAUAAUGCAACAUUUGCAAUGUAUUUAUUCGAAGAAAUUGAAUCAGACAACGGUCUAAGUGGCUUCUCAUCAGGGAUUGAAUUUUUUGAAUUACCAUUUGAAAUGUUAGCUAAUCGAUCAAAUAUUAAUGAGCGAGGAAAGUGGUUAUUUCGAAUUGAUGGAAUUGUACCAUUACAUUGUCCAGCUGGUACAUUGGAUCCACCACUCUGUCAGAGAGAAUGUGAUGCAGGUACAUGGGGAUUCCGGUGUGAAAAUAAAUGUCAUUGCCGUAAUGAUAUUCCAUGUGAUUUUGCUACCGGUUUUUGUUCUAAUGCUCAAUGCGCAGAUGGUUGGACAGGUGUUAGUUGCUUUGAAGAUAUAAAUGAAUGUAUUACGGAACGACAUAAUUGCUCAUCAAAAGCGACAUGUAUCAAUGAAAUUGGGUCAUAUCACUGUAAAUGCAAUGAACUUUUUGUGGGUGAUGGCUUCACGUGUAAACAAAUGGAUGCAUGUUAUUUACGAUACAAGGAAAAAUGUUCAGUAAAUGCUGUUUGUGAUGAGAAAUCUCCGGAAGGACCGGAAUGUGUCUGUAAUGAUGGUUAUCACGGUGAUGGCUUGAAUUGUCUUAGAAUUAAUGUUCCAAUCGACGAACCAAUAACGCCAAUCUUUGAUAAUGCAAUUACGAACGUAGCACUUGAAAUACCAAAAAGUAUUGAAGUAGACAAUGAUAUAGAGGAGACACCAUUUUUGAUGCAUAAUUGGGAGAAUGAACAAUUAACAACUGAAUCAAUGAUAAAAAAACAUGGAAAGGAAAAAACUACGAAAAUACGUACAACGACAAUUCCGCCAUUUGCUAAAGAUUACAGUGAUAUCGGGAAUGAACUUUAUAUUGGUGGUAAAACAAUUGAAGAAACAGAUGGUAGUAGCACAUUGUUUAUUGUAAUACCAGUAGCAUUGUGUGCUUUAUGGUCUAUUAUUAUUGUUAUUAUUCUUGCUGUAUGCUGUCGAAAAAAACGGAAAUUAUCCUCACCGUUAAUGAUUCAGGAUCCGGUAAGUAUGGCCGGUUGGAGGAAGCCACCUCAAAUUAUAAGUACAUAUCCUACCCAUUUUACUGCUCAAUACUAG